AUGACCAUCAUUGUCUGGAUAAAUAACUGCGUAGGACAGCUCAACACGCGCCACUUCCUCGCAUUCCUCGCCGCAACAAAUAUCCUUCUGAGUUAUGGUUUAUACCUCUCAUUCAGCAUAAUCCAGUCCUUCAUCGUCCGGGCCCUAAUACCAUCCCAAAUCGCCAUCGAAACUCUCUCAUGGUCUGUUUACCUCCAUCUCUUUGGCGUUGCCAUAGUUGAAGAAAUAUACAUUGGCGCUGUAUUCCUUCUUUGCAUGUUGACCGGCGUACUAUCAUUUGCAUUCACAAUUUACCACCUGUACCUAAUCUGGGCUGGCACAACCACUAAUGAGACGAUCAAGUGGUCUGACUGGCGCGAUGACAUAAAAAACGGCGACAUCUUACUCGCCGACCCCGAGGAAGAUGAUGAUAUAACAGAGCUCGAUGCAGACGAGAUGUGUCGUGACUGGCCACGAGUCACGACACAGCUAUUCUACCGUAUUGACCCCACAAAUAGGGGGGAUAUACCAAGGGGCAUAAUAUGGCGCCGUGUCCAAGGACUUAGGGAAAUUGAUAAUAUCUAUGAUUUGGGGUGGAGUAGCAACUUUAGGGAUGCCAUCUGGCCGAGGGCGCUUUAA